AUGACACCGAAAGUGUUGGUGCGUCCAGCCUCCAAAGGCAGUUCAACCGUAUCUCACGAUGGCAUUCCACCUCAGCCACUUGACUUGACUACGGAUGAGGCUCCCUCCUCUCCAUCCCAGUCACAUGACCAUCCGCCAUCACUUGGAUAUCCACCAGAAUCCCCAGCUACCAUCCGUUCAAACCGCCACGGAAGCAAAAAGGUAGCAGUCAAUUUCCAUAGGUUGCCUGCCAAAGCAAUUUCUAGGAUUCUCUGGUCUGUCGAUGCCAGCGAUUUUGCCUCUCUAGCUAUUCUCAAUCGCGCUUGGUAUGAAGUCGCCCAAGAUAGGGAGCUCUACGCCCACCAUCUCUCUCGAUGUCCGUCUUAUGCUCUUGCCAACACUGUCAUUACCGGUCCCUUUCGAAAGAACGACCUGUACCGACUGAAGUCAAAGUUUGCCGCGGAAGUCCGCCGGAAUCUUUUUCAGGCUUACCUUCGUCCUCGACAGACUCUAAUCAAUCUGAUAUCGGUCAAUGCGAGCUCUUCUGCUGCAUUACCUGGUGCAGAAGCAUUCCGCUUCGCCUUCUCUCCCAAUGGUCAGACGAUUCUUGCUUUGAGCUCCUCCAGAAUCUACGUCAUUGACGCAACCACCGAUCCUAUUGUUGUACGAAAGGAGUUAAAGACGCAAAGAAGGCCUCUCUCAGCUUCAGUCACCGAUGAUGGUACGAUCUUGGCUGUACUCUCUUCCCGACACCAGGCCAACAUUUACAACAUUGGUCCUGAUGGGGUCAAGCAUGUUCAAGUUCUUGUAAUGGACAACCCCCCCAGGACCAUCGCACUAGCUCCUGAGGGUACCGUUUUAGCAGCUGCCUACGAGGGUGGUGUGGAAGUUUUCUCGCUAGCCCCGAGCGCGCUCUCUACGGAUCGGAGGGCCGUACGAAGUGAAGGCGUCGAUGCCCUAGGCUUUUCUGGAGAUGGUUCAAUGUUAGUUGGGAGUACACAAAGUCUCGAAGAGCCUUCAUCCGUCGUCAUCACUGCGCCAUUCUACACAGAGAAUGACCUGCCUCCAAAAGAGGUCCACAGCCGCAUGUGGACUACACAGAUUCUCUUUCCGCAGAUUAGUAGUAUAUGCAGUCAUGCAGAACUACUUCAAGGCCAUACGGAGGGAGACGCCAGCUGGCUGUUUGCUUACGAUCAUACUCUUAUGUCCUAUCGCGCCGUGCGUACAGAUGACACCAGAACAGGUGUCGCUUACUUCUUGAACCCUUCAAGUACACGACGCUUCAGUCUGCCAGCACCAUCAACUCCGCCAACCGCAACUGUGUGUGGUACAUUGGUCGUUGCAGGCUUCAGCGGAAGUGGGCUCUGGAUCUACGGGGUGCCAGAGAAGCUCGACGUCAGUCCUGAUAUGGGGUCCGUUGUUGAGAGACAUGAGCAGCGUCUUCAUGGCCGAGGCGUGUCUUUAACUUCGGCAACAGGGCAUAUGGAGCCAUUGAUGGCAUACUCCCCGUCUAUAUCAGGGAGCAGUGAAGAUUUCGAGGAUGACUCAAUAGCUGCGAAAGUUGACUGGCGGGAGAGCUUGUUCGUAAAAUGCCAACAAAUUCGAAGCAUCGAAGGGUGUACCGCAGUCAAAUGGGUGGAGAAAAGCGAAGACAGACCUUGUGCUUUUAGCGGCAAGCGCUUAGUCGUGGUUGCACCAGGAGGCGUCGAUCAAUUUGUGGAAGAAUUGGGAGAUGAAACUAUGCCGGUUGAUGGGUCCCGUGUCUCGAUUCUCGAUUUUGACUAUGCGCCAUCAAUGGGAGCCGAUCGCGAGAUAACCAUCGAAGUCGGUGAGGAAGAGCCCGAGUUACUGACUGAGCAGAUUGGCGAUAUGGCCAUCGAAGUGGCGAUGGAAAGACGUCGAACCGUCAGGCAACGAGGCGGCCGAGGUAUGCCUCUCGGUCGCUCAAUCACAACAGUGUCUCCAUCUCAAGGCCUGUGGUCUCAGCGACGGACAAGUAACUCUCAACCUACAUCCCCUCUUGAUGUGGAUGCACAGAUCGAAAAGGCGCAGGCUGAGGCAGCUCGUUCUCCACGAACACCAACGUCGGCUAGUCUACACCGGUCGGCAACCGCAGCAGGCUUCACUACCGCGAGAUAUCCACCGCGGCCACCCCUCGCCGCUCCUGGGGAUGACAGUGGACAUAUGUAUCAACGAACUCCGGGUCAAGUGUAUUCGCCAGGAGACGGUUGGGAAUCUCCGCCUCCACCAUACUCCAACAGUGCCCAUGCACACGCACACGCACACGCACAGGCGCAGGCGCAGGCACAGCUUCAUCCUGGUUUUAUGCUUGGCUCCCCACUAAUCCAUCCUCGCCAAAUCGCAGUUCCAGGUCCGACACCCAUGCCAUUGCUGGGCAUACCUGAAAACGGCAACACGCAGGCUCGGGGACAAACGCUACCCAUAUCUCCGGCAUUCCACGCGAACCAUGUCCUGCCUAUAACCCAAAUACAGGGACAACGUCCGAUUCAAACCAGCCCUUUCGCCCCUCAAAAUGUCUCUCCCAUCACUCCAAUGACUGGAGGUGGAGCCAAUGGGUUACCUCAAUCUGGGCAGUAUGGCUCUGUUCCUCCAAGAAGUGUGUCCGGGCCUAGCAAUCUUCCCAAUGGCUCAAACAUACCAGUACCUCCUAUUAGUCCAGCGUUCGUUGUUCCCGCGCCUCCUGUUUCCAGAGAGUCUUCAUCUCGGCCGGUCUCUCAUGAUGGCAGGCCUUCUCCCUUUCAAACACCAGUUUCUCAGCGUCACCAACCAUUCGAUCGUGCACAUCCUUCGCCACCGAAUCUCGAUCGACCGAGCCCAACCGCUCUCGAAGGCCCAGGGGCAUCACAACAGCUGCAGGCACAGAAUAGAUUAUCAAACUCCUCCAUUACCCUGUCCGGAGCCAACUUGCAAGCUCGACUAAAUCAUCCAGUCCCACCAACUCCCACAACUUUGGAGCAAAUGCGCUCCUCGCCCGAUGGUCAACACAGACAUCAAGGGUCACAAUCGAGCGGCCGAAUUCCACCCCCAAGCCAACUCCCCGGCGGAGCCCCUUACGGGUUAGGACCUGGACCGGCCGACCAAAUGAACAACGUGGCCCAUCACCCCUCUCAGGCGCAACGAAAACCACUACCAUAUACCUUGACUAACGGUGGUGUUUAUGCAGAUCAUAACAUUCCAACUCUAGACUUCAGCGGAGGUUCUGUGGGGCAGAAUGCAUCGAGGGACAACGGAUUAAUUCCACCAGGUGGCCUCGCACCACACCCGUUCAAGCCACCAAAUUUAUCCAAUGGAGACAUUAGGCAUGGUUCUCGAGGAAGUGGAGGCACUGGCCCCAUCCCAAUGUCGUCGUCAACCCCCGACCUGCUAGCAGGCAUGAACCAUCAACGAUCACCAAUUGAGAACAUGCAAAACCCUUCUGGGCGGUUAGACCACCGAGUAUACGCCAACUCUCCGGGCUACGGCCCACCAGCUGCUCCAGGCAUCUAUGCCUACUCACAACAUAUAAGGCCUAAUGCCCAGCUACAGUCUCAGCCAUCUCUACCGGCGCCCUACGACCAGCACCCGAGCCAAAUGCCUGGCGCAUGGAUGGCACCAGACGAAAGACCCAGCGACAUACGGGGACGGCGCGUAUCAUCCGAUCCAACCAUGCUAGAAACCUCUUCAAAGAAGAAGAAGGGAAAGCGAAAGAAAGGGGAGCUGAUCGCCGAGCCAGGCCGCUCGCAAACUCCAAUGCCAGGAGGAUUACUAUCGAAUUCAGGCGGUUCUCCUUCUCAAGGAAAGAAAUCAAGUCGAUGUGUGGUAAUGUGA